AGAUGUAUAGUUCAAAAAUAAGUUUGAAAUCAAAUAUGAAUAAAAACGAAAGAAAAAUGAGUAAUAUUCAACACGAAGCCUUAGAACAGUUUAAGAGACAGUUAUAUGAUAUCCUUACACCAUAUGACACAGAUGUACAGUUAAUGAAAUGGCUUCGAGCAAGAAACUUCAAUUUAAAGAAGGCGGAAGCUCUUUUUCGAGAGAUGUAUUGUUGUCGACAGAUCUAUGAAUUAGAUACUAUCGAGAAAAAUUACGUAAAACCAGAGGUUCUGGAGAAAUAUGAAUAUAAUGGUCAUAUUGGUAUUGCCAAAAAUGGAACUCCAAUACGUUAUAUUGCCAUGGGCAGAGGCGAUAAUUUAGGUUUUCUCAAGUCUGUAUCUGGCUAUGGAAUUUGCAUUUAUGCAAGUUAUAUAAUGCAACUAGACUUGAAUUUGAUGAGGAAAGAAAGUGAAAGGACAGGACGAGAAAUAAACGAAGUCACAUACAUUUUUGAUAUGGACGAAUUUGCUGUUCAAGACAACCUCUACAAAAGCCUUAUUGAGACAGGGUUGGAUCUUGGCCAUAUUGUGCAAGAGUAUUAUCCAGAGAUAUGGAGCAAUGUGUUCUUUAUUAAUGCUCCCACAAUAUUCGACAAGAUGUUCAAUCUUUUCAAGCCAGUUUUCAAACUAACAUUGCUGGAGAAAGUUCAGUUUGUUGAUAGAGAACAUACACCAGAAUUGCUUCUAAAAUAUAUUGAUGAGGACGUCUUACCAGAAUUUCUGGGAGGAAAAAGAAGGGACUCUAAAGGAGAUCCAAAGUGCAGGGAAUUUUUACGUUUUGGUGGCAAAAUUCCAGAAGAAUAUUAUUUAUGCCAUCGUCCUCUUCUCCUGCCUUCGGACCCUGGCGCGUCAAGUGUAGUGAUUGGUGCUAGGUCAUGCUUUAAUUAUUCUGUGAUAGUGCGAAAGCCUGGAUCAAGGCUGAGUAUCGAAUUCCGAACAGAAGGAGCAAGCAUUUAUCUCAUAAUGCUAUAUAGGAAAUUUGGACUGGAUCCCAAUGUCCCCGACAUCCCAGCAAGUGAUGAAUAUUUAGAUGAGAAAGCCGAAAAGUCUAAUGUCCAGUUAGUUAGUCCAGGAUUGAGAGUACAGUCUCAUUUUGCACCGGUUGAAGAUAAAUGCACGGCAGCGUGGCCGGGUAUUUAUAUCUUCAAAUUCGAUAACACAAGCAGCUGGUUUAUGUCGAAACGACUCAUAUACCGCAUCAGAGUGCUAGAACCAGAAUUAUGAAUCUGUUAAUAUACAUCAUAUAUUUCGUAAAUUCCCAAUUUCAUUUUCUACCUGAAGAAGACUAAAAAUCAUUCUUUUUGGCGUCAUCAUCAUAACAAAAAUCCAUGUUCCCGGAAUGCAAAUAGAAAUUUUCUGUUAUACAGGAAGGAGUGCCAAGUUUUAGUUCUCUUAUCACAUCCGUGGUUCAUGAAAGAUAUGUUUAAGUAUCUCUAACUUUUGAAACCAUUAUGAAUAAAAUGUAGAAUUUUCUUCGUGCAA